UUAGCCAAAGCAAUUUAUGUUAAUGGGGGGAGGUCAGAAUGACAUAGAACAAAUAAUUAGUAGUUAGUUGGAAUUAGCUAACACAUACAGUAUAAUAACUGCUUAGUAAUGUAUUGGGCACAAAAAGAACACUUAUAAAACACCUCUGGAAAUAUAUCUAAAUAAUGUAAUGACCUUGAGCUCAUAUAAACGUUAAAACAGCAGAAGUUAUUUAAUAUUCAGCGGUGGACGGUACAACUUUACACCAACAGCGAGCUCGUGUACUGUGUAUGAAUAAUGGAGGAUGGACAGUGGCGUUACUAUUAAGCUUAUUAUAAAUAUAAUACUGAUGAAGAUGUAUAAAUAGUAUAGUUAUAAAAUAGAGGCAACAUAAACUGAAAUUUCACCGCAGGAAAGUUGGAAACCAUGACUAGAAAAUCUUGCAUUGUGCUGCCUGAUGAUUACAAAGGAUAUGAUGUGGACUAUUUUUGUGUUCCUCAUCAUUAUGAAGAUUCUUUAGACUCUAUUUUAAUUCCUAGUGGAUUAAUACAAGACAGAAUUGAGCAGUUAGCUCGAGAUAUUGCAGUUGAACUUGGAAAAGAACCAUUUGCAGUUCUUUGUGUACUAAAAGGGGGUUAUAAAUUUCUUGCUGAUCUUUUGGAAAAGAUAAAACAAUAUUAUCGCUUCAGCUCUGAAAACUCUGUCCCCUUUUCAGUAUAUUUUAUUCGCCUACAGAAUUAUGAGGAUAACCAUUCAACAGGAAAAGUAAAGGUUAUGCGUGUGGAUGGACUGUCUUUUCUACAAAACAAGAAUGUGCUGGUAGUAGAAGAUAUUGUUGAUACUGGCAAGACAAUGCAAGUGUUAUUAGAAAUUUUGGAGAAAAAGCAACCAAAAUCUAUAAAAGUUGCGAGCUUGUUAGUGAAGAGGACAUCAUCAAGUUCAGGAUUUCAACCUGAUUAUGUGGGAUUUGAAAUCCCAGAUCGAUUUAUAGUUGGCUAUGCUCUGGACUACAAUGAGUAUUUUAGAGAUCUAAAUCAUGUGUGUGUCAUCAGUGAACAUGGAAAACAAAAAUAUUCCAACCAUUCAAAUUAACUUAAACAUGAAAAUUUAUAAGAAUGUUUUUCAGGAAGUUUUACUUCCACAUUAGGUUAAUCUAUUUGCUAAGUUUUUGAAGGUUAAACAUUAACCAGUUUAUCUGUGAUCACUGUACUCCAAUUUAUUUUAUUUAUAGAUUUUUUUUAAUCAUUGUUUGUCUGCUCAUUAAACAUGUAAUACAGUGUA